AUGACACAGAUCUCGCCCCAGUCCUUCCACGACGACAAGAUGGACCACCACGACAUUGAAUCCGGCUACGUCUCCGGCCAGGACGGCGAGGUCGUCCCCGUCAAGCCCGCUUCGUCGGCCUCGCCCCUCAUUUCCCUCAGCAAGGCCCAUGUCGAGUACCUCAACGAGCAGAUGGAGACGAUGCACCCCGUCGACAUCCUCCGCUUCUGCAAGAUCAUGUUCCCCAACCUCUACCAGUCCACCGCCUUUGGCCUGACCGGGCUCGUCACCAUGGACAUGCUGUCCCGGAUCCAGGCCGAGAGCCCGCAGUCCCGCACCGUCGACCUCAUCUUCCUCGACACGCUCUACCACUUUGACGAGACGUACGAGCUCGUCGACCGCGUCCGCGCCCGCUACCCCAACGUGCCCGUGCACGUCUUCAAGCCCGACGGCGCCGCCACCGCCCGCGAGCUCGAGGACACGUACGGCGCCGAGUUUUACCACACGGCCGGCGAAAUGUACGACUAUAUUGUCAAGGUCGAGCCCCUGCAGCGCGCCUACGACACGCUCGGCGUCGCCGCCGUUCUCAACGGCCGCCGCCGCUCCCAGGGCGCCGCCCGCGGCUCCAUCCCCAUCAUCGAGAUGGACGAGGAGCGCAACAUCAUCAAAAUCAGCCCCCUCGCCGCCUGGUCCUUUGCCCAGGUCAACGAGUACGUCAAGGAGCACAACGUCCCCUACAACGCCCUCCUCGACCAGGGCUACAAGUCAGUCGGCGACUGGCACUCGACCGUCCCCGUCAAGGACGGCGAGGACGAGCGCGCCGGCCGCUGGAAGGGCCAGUCCAAGACCGAGUGCGGCAUCCACAACAAAAAGUCGCGCUACACCCAGUUCCUCAAGGACAUGGAGAGCAGCCAGCAGAUUUCCGUCUAG